UUUUGUCACACAUCGCGUCAGUCAUGCAGUUUCACUGAAGCUGCUAAGAUCAAGAAGUCCUCCUUGAGUGUUUGGCUGUGGCUCUCAACGAAUUUGUGGAUUUGUUCAAUUUUCACUUUAACAGGACGUCUCUACAAACUCCAAAGCAAAAUGUCCCACGCCGGAACUCUGGAUUUAGACCGAAGUAGCACCUUGGACCAAUCCCGCCGGUCCACAAGUCGUACCCUGACCAGGAACCAGGCCAAGCACGGCGAGGUCAUGUGCGACUUCUGCACCACAAGAAAGCAGAAGGCUGAGAAGUCCUGUUUGGUCUGCUUGGCGUCUUACUGUGAUACCCACCUGCAGUCCCACUACGACUACCCUGCCUUGAUGAAGCACAAACUGGUCAAAGCCACGGGUCAGAUGAGGGAGAAGAUCUGCGCUCAGCACGACAAACUCCUGGAAGCCUUUUGUCGCACCGACCAGACGUCGGUGUGCGUCCUGUGCAUGAUGGACGAGCACAAACAUCACGACAUCGUCCCAGCCGGGACUGAGAGGACGGAGAAACAGAAACAACUUGGAGCCACGCUGCACAAAUCCCAGCACAGGAUUGACGAGAGGGUGAAAAAGUGGCAGGAUCUCCGACAAGCGGUGGAAGCUGUUAAACACUCAGCUGAGUCAGUCUUGGAGGAGAACGAGCGCAUCUUCACCGAACUUCUCCUGUCCAUCGAGAGGAAGUACAAUGAAAUCAAAGAAAUGAUCCGCCUACACGAAAAGACCACAGUGAACCGCGGGGAGAUUGUUCUCGAUCGUUUGGAGGAAGAGGUCACCCUGCUGAAGAAGAAACACUCUGACCUGGAGAAGCUGUCGCACACCGACGACCACAUUCACUUUUUGCAGAGCUGGCAGUCUCUGUCAGGACCUUCAGGAUACGAGGACCUGAACAACAUCAGCAUCGCUCCAUACUCCUCCUUCGACGCCACCAAGAGAGCUAUCGCCGCCCUGAAAUUACAAGUGGAGGAAGUCAGCAAGAAAGAAACGAGUAAAAUAUCUGCAGCGGUGAAAGAAGUCUACGUCACGGAAGAAAGCGGGAAAACUACAAGAACAGAAUCAGUUCUGCCAGAAUCAAGAGCCACAGAAGAACCGAAGACCAGGGCAGAUUUCCUGAAAUACGCUUGUCAGCCCAUUCUGGAUGUCAACACUGCCCACCCCAACCUUUACCUCUCUGAGGGGAACCGGACAGCAGUAAUGAAGAAUGACCCUAAAAACUAUCCCGACCACCCGGAACGAUUCGAUCACUGGCAGCAGGUGGUGUCCAAGGAGGGCCUGGUAGGAACUCGAUGCUACUGGGAAGUGGACUGGAAGGGAACGGAGAUCGACGUGGCCAUCACCUACAGGGGAAUAUUCCGUAAAGGAAACAAUAACGUGUGCAGCCUGGGCUGGAACAACAAAUCCUGGAGCCUCUACUGCUCCCAGUCCAAAUACUCUUUCGUGCACAACAAUAAGAGCGUGGACAUACCCGUCCCGAGGUCGUCACGCAUCGGUGUCUACCUGAAUCACGCAGCAGGUAUUCUGGCCUUUUACAGCGUGGCUGAGAGCAUGCAGCUUCUCUACAAAGCGUACACUACUUUUACUGAGCCGGUGUACCCUGCAUUCAGUGUGUGGGGGUACGGUACCACCAUUCGAAUAAAGGAAAGUUAAAUAGACAGGUAAAUCUAAUUCGAUCCAUUUUUUCAAUUGUCUUGGAACAGUAUCUAUACAAGUGCAGUAUGAAAAUGAUUUAAGUGCAUAUUUAAAUGCAAUCGGUUUUAUUUUGUAGUCUUCAAAAGAUUAGCACAUUUUCCCUGUAUUUUUUAGAAUCACUGUACUGUAUCUAUUCUUGACUUUAAUAAAGUUUUGUAAACCUUUAA